AUGCACGCCUCAGUUGUUGCGAUUGUUUCCGCCCUUGCUGCCUCCGUCGUGGCUGUUCCCGACAUUGCCGCCCGCGAGGUUUAUGCUACCUGGCCUGCCGACAACUUCGAGAUGAAGUGCUUCCACCCAGGCGGCUGCACUGCAUCUUUCAACAUCAACGCCCCUGCAGGAUACUACGGAAAUGCUCCGGCAUUCAACGCCAUUUGCAAUCCUCUCUCUGCUGAGCAGGAUGGCACUCCCAACUGCAAGGCCGUGACCGAUCUGGCUGCCGGCUCAUAUGUGGAGUCGCUGUGGGAAGAGGCCUCUACGCCUGACGGUGUUAAGCUCACUGUAUUCCACGUAUGGAACGAGGGCGAGACUCGAUACAACGCCUCCGGCUCCGUUGAGUUCCCGUCUAGCUCUACCUCAUUUGAGGUGCCUGUGACUUCGAUCACCGCCGUCUUGUAA